AUGCAGACUGAAAUACUAUCUCACAUCAGUGCGCUUUUCUCAGGAAAAGGUUUGCGAAGAUUCGAAGCCGUGAUCACAAGAAUAGACUCCUCUGACAUUCCUGGAAAGAAAGGUUUGUUCUCAGAAAAGUUCAAGGACAGGACAAAGUCUGACGAUGAUGAUGAUGACACCGUGGUCAAGGACAGCAAGCAAGAUGAGAGGCGUGGAGCCAGAGGGAUCAAUCUUAUGAAGAUUGCAAAUAUGGAUUUUAAAUUUCAACAACGAUUUGUGUUUCGCCCCUUGUCAACUGUUCCGCUACCGGAGCCAUACAGUAGGUGUAGCAAAAGCUACCCUAGUAAGACGGUCGGCAACCAAGGAUUCCAGCGACCAGCUCACCACCCGCCACCACCACCACUUCCCGCAGACCUGCCUCCAUCACCAACAGAAGAGCUAACUAUUUGCUUACCCACACGAGCCCUUCCCCUUCAGCCAAAACCUGCAAACACACCAGCCUUCACAUCAGCCGCAAACUCGGUAGUGAAUGGAACAACACCACCCCAGAAUGACAACUUCCAACAGUCACUCUACAAUGAUAUACCAGAUGAUGAUCUUAAUCUACCUCCACCUCCAUCUAGACGUCUACCUCCUCCACCACCAUCCAGAACGAAAGCAACACCAAUAGUGCCAGCACCAAUCUCUUCUGUGGGAGGUUUAAAGUCACCUAAACUUAAAGGAUUGUCUCACUUGCAGCUCCCAAAAAUUCCUGCUACUGACACAGACCUGACCAACAACAUAAAUUCUUUUCCGUCCACAUCACCUUUUAUUCCACCUCCUCCGCCACUUCCACCACCUCCCAUAACAUCAGUUGCUGCUCAAACAACAAUCAACCACAUUCCAGUGAAUGGCUUACCCAAGAAAAAUGUUGCAAAUGCUUAUUUGGGUACAUCAAAUGAAACUCAACCAGCUGUAAAAGAAAUGAAGAGUUACAAGCAGCUGCCACAGUUGCCCAACAAACCAACAAAGCUGACUCCUCCUUCUUCUAGCCAGAAACAGCCAUUACCACCCAGACCAGUGUCUCCUCUACCUUCACCACAAUCAUCAGCAUUGUCUUUGUCUCCAUCACCCAUGCUGGACUUUAGUUCCCAUACUAAACAUCCUAAUAAGAGCCGACCGCUGCCAACAAUUCCUUCUGUCCAAGCAGGUAAAAAGGGUACACCUUCUAAAGCCAAUGGCGGAUGGGGUGGAGUGGAAGUGUUCGACCCGAGGGAGGAGGAUGGGGACAUCUAUGAUACCAUGGACAGUACUGAUAUGUGA